CAUCAACAGGUCAGGGCUUAUAGAAGCUGCUGAUGUAAGCUCACAGUUGAGGUAACCAUGUCUAUAGGAAAAGGUCAGAGCUUCUGCUAGCAGAGAUUUAUGGCUAGAGGGAAACAGCUUGGGAUGGUUUUAAUAAGGCCUCAGAAGAUGCUGUUUAAAAAGUUAGUGCCUGGCAAAUUGCAAGGGUGCAACUUGGCAGAUAUUCUAGGCACGUGUUGAAAGAAGAAAAAGGAUAGUCAUGUUUCCUGGAGUUACGGAUGCCUGUGUAGCGCCAGUAACUAAUCCUUUGUAGCAGUAAACCUCUGCAAUCAUUUCCACAAUGAAAGAUAAGAUGCAGAGGGGCAACCUAUCAACGGGAACUGAGUUUGUUCUUGUAGGCCUUUCUGAUGCUCCAGAAGUCCGUUAUCUUCUCUUUGUGCUGUUUUUGAUCACUCAUUUGGCCACCGUGGCAGGCAACAUCUCAGUUCUUGUUGCCAUUAGCACAAACACACAUCUGCACAACCCCAUGUACUUCUUCCUUGGCAACUUAUCCUUACUGGAUAUCUUAUGUUCCACUAUCACUGUGCCGAAGAUGCUGGAGGCCUUGUUGCUUGAGAACAAGGUGAUUUCAUUCCAUGGCUGCAUGUUCCAGCUGUUUUUCCUGAUUGAUGUCGUAGGCACAGAGAUUUUCCUCUUGGCUGUGAUGGCAUAUGACCGGUACGUUGCAAUAUGCCAUCCACUGCAGUACAUGAAUAUCAUGAGUACAAAGCUGUGUGCUCACCUAGCCACUGGCAUCUGGGUAGCAGGGCUGUUAAACUCCCUGUUGCACACAUCUUUGAUUUUUACACUCUCUUUCUGUGAGUCUAAUGAAGUUGACCAAUAUUACUGUGAUAUCCCUCCCAUGCUGGCCCUCUCCUGCUCAUCUACUUAUAGUAGGGAACUGGUAAUUCUCACAGUUGCUGGAGCCAUUGGGGGCAGCGCCUUUGCGGUCACUCUGGUCUCAUAUAUCUACAUCCUGUGGGCUAUUCUAUGCAUGAACUCUUCUGAGAGCAGGCAGAAAGCCUUCUCCACCUGUGGGUCUCACUUGACAGCAGUAUGCCUCUUCUAUGGGACCACCAUUUUCACGUAUGCACGGCCUUCCUUCACCUACUUGCCUAAUCAGGACAGGAUAGUUUCCAUGCUCUAUGGAAUCCUCACUCCCCUGCUAAACCCCAUAAUCUACAGUCUGAGGAACAAAGAAAUUAAAUGUGCCCUGAGAAGAGUGGUCACCCAGGUAAGAACUACUUUAACAAGACAAGAACAUCACUCUUGGUCUCUGACACCCUGUGGAGCUCCACCAGCUGGAUAG